AUGGAUCGAUGGAGAAUACGAGUAUAUCUGGAAUUCUACGUGAUAAUUCGUGUUUUUGUAUCUACAAGGCCUGUAAUUAUGCAACAAACCGGUGAAAAGGACGCCAACGCUCCUCGUGACGCAAGCACAGCAACUACUGCAUUGGGCAACCGAUCCAACACGCAUUUCGAUGCUUCCAAGAAACUCAUUCCUCUAUUCGACCGUAUCCUCGUCACUCGAGUCAAGGCUGCAGAGAGGACUGCAUCAGGAUUAUUCAUUCCUGAAAAAGCUCAAGAAACCCUCAACGAAGGAUUGGUCGUUGCUGUAGGUCAAGGCGCUCCAGACAAGGAUGGUGUAGUCAAACCAAUGUCGAUAAAAGAAGGCGAUCGCAUCCUCUUGCCACCGUACGGAGGCAACACCAUCAAACUCGGUGCCGACGAAUUCAUGAUUUUCAAGGAAACCGAAAUUUUGGCCAAAUUUGCAAACUAG